AAAAAGAACACAGUCAUGCAUGAGGAGGCUGUGGGUUUGCUCUCGCUCCUUAAACUGUCGGUGUUUUGUGGAAUAUGUGUUAAUGAUAUGUGUUUCUUUGUGUCUCUGCAGAACAACAAACUGCUCAGCUACAACAACAACCUGGGUGCUCCCCAUCCAAUGUCUGUCCCUUGCACUGGCACCAAUGUGCCCCUCUCCAGCCCCGCCGGAGCCCUGCUGGACAGGAAGGCGGUGGGAUCUCCCUCCGUGGGGGGCGUGUACCAGCGGCGGCACUCUGUCAGCAGCACAAAGUUCAGCCAGAACCAGUUUCUGAACAGCCUGAAGGCAGCGGACCACUCCUCACUCAUCUCAGGUGUUGGCAACGCCAGCAACAACAAGGAGAACCGCCUGCGAGACCGCUCCUUCUCUGAGACUGGCGAGAGGCUCCUCAACAAGUGCCUGGGCCCCGCCAGCCCCACCAACGGCGGCAGCCAAGUGAACUCCAGCCGUUACAAGACGGAGCUUUGCAGGCCCUUCGAGGAGAACGGUUCCUGCAAGUACGGCGACAAAUGCCAGUUUGCUCACGGGAUCCAUGAACUGCGCAGCCUGAGCCGCCAUCCCAAAUACAAAACUGAGCUGUGCCGCACCUUCCACACCAUCGGAUUCUGCCCGUACGGGCCUCGCUGCCAUUUCAUCCACAAUGCCGAGGAGCGCCGUGGACCCCCCCAGCAGUCCUCCCCUCUUAACUCUUCCAACAAGAUGGAAAGGCCUCGGCUGCAGCACAGCUACAGCUUCGCAGGCUUCUCCAGCUCAGUUGGGCUGAGGGACAGCCCCACCUCCGUCACCCCUCCACCCAUGUUCUUCCCCGAUGAGGUCCCCGACUGGCCCAGCAGUAACCCCUUCACCUACUCCAGCCAGGAGCUGGCCAACCUGUUUGGGCCCAGCCUCAGUGCCGGCCCUGUAGGCACAGAGCCCAACACCCCUGCACCCACUUCUCCAACGCCUUACUAUUUCAGACCCAUGUUGGAGUCCCCUCAGAUGUUCGAGUCUCCCUCCAGCCCUCCCGACUCUCUGUCAGACCAAGAGGGCUACCAGAGCAGCUCUGGAGGCAGCCUGAGUGGCUCUGAGUCCCCCACGCUGGACACCACCCGCCGCCUCCCCAUCUUCAGCCGCCUCUCCAUCUCUGAUGAUUAGACUGCACGUAUCCACCAGUGACUUAAAGUUCGAUGACACAAAGAGAACACGGCACUCCCCUCUACCUCUGCCCCCCGGUUGUCCUGAAGCGUCCCCCGUCUUCCCUUUACACAAGACACCGUGUUUAGUUCCACGUUAGCAUUGUGAGGAUGUAGUCAAUUAAGGGAACUGUCGACUCAAAUGAUCAUUUCACCCCUGCCUGUCCGCACAGCGAGAUUUAAAAAAACAAAAACGUACCCUGCCAUGUGUCAUAGUGCCAAAAAAAGGAGAGGAAAUUGAACAAUGAAAAUCAUGAGAACAAGAAUUGACUGUUUUGCCA